CUUCCCCGGUGCGAAUAUGGUGCAAGCAGCUUGGGAUGAAAGGGCUCAGCGUGUGGCAAAGCGCAGCCUCUAUGGGUGAUCGCAAGAGACUGAUGUUACCAGCAACCUGCGACUUUAUCUGAGCAAAGCCUGACUCUUCUGCAUCCCAAGGACCAAUUUAGAGUGGUUUGCUUGGCAUAUCGCAACUCCAAGGCUGCCAUCUAGUGCCCUUCUGGGAGAACAACAGCAGCCAUGACACCCACCAGCGCUACCCAGAGAAGGAAUGAGUAUUACGAUCAUGAAAUCAUUAUUGAACAUUACAACUACACUGGAAAGUACAAAGGCAACCUAAGUACUGAUAUCAAGCCAACAUCUAUUAUCUUCAUUAUCAUUUGCUGCUUCAUUGUGUUGGAAAACAUCCUUGUGCUUCUUACCAUCUGGAGAACCAAGAAAUUUCACCGACCCAUGUACUAUUUUAUAGGGAACUUGGCACUCUCGGAUUUGUUGGCCGGAACUGCCUACACAGCCAACAUCCUGCUGUCUGGGCCACACACUUACAAACUGACGCCAGUGGAAUGGCUGAUAAGGGAAGGGAGUAUGUUUGUUGCCCUUUCAGCGUCUGUCUUCAGCCUUGUGGCUAUUGCCAUUGAACGGUAUAUCACCAUGCUUAAAAUGAAGUUGCACAAUGGUAGCAAAAGCUCUAGGUCAUUUCUCUUAAUCAGUGGAUGUUGGAUCCUGUCUCUUUUUCUUGGAGGCCUCCCCAUCAUGGGCUGGAACUGUAUUAAACAGAUAUCUGCAUGUUCAACAGUUCUGCCUUUAUACCACAAACAUUAUAUUCUAUUUUGCACCACUAUCUUCUGUGCCCUGCUGAUGGCUAUUGUUAUUCUGUAUGCACGGAUUUACUUCUUGGUAAGGACUCGCAGCAGGAGCCUGACCUUUAAAAGAAACCUUGCAAGGCCAAGCAGAAGCUCAGAGAAGUCCAUGGCAUUGCUCAAAACAGUCAUUAUUGUCCUUAGUGUCUUCAUCCUCUGCUGGUCCCCUCUCUUCAUCUUCCUCCUAUUAGAUUUUGGUUGUAAAGUCAAGACAUGCCCUGUCCUAUUUAAAGCUGAAUAUUUUUUAUCCCUUGCUGUUCUUAACUCUGCCACGAAUCCUAUCAUUUACACGCUAACAAACAGGGAAAUGAGGAGAGCCUUUCUUAAAAUGGCCUGUUGCUCUCAUUGCUCCAUCUUUGGUUCCAGCUCAAAAGUCAAAAGGCCAAUCAUUACAGGAAUGGAGUUCAGUAGGAGUAAAUCAGACAAUUCCUCGCACCCACAGAAAGAUGAGGGUGAAUAUCCUGUGACACUAAUGUCCUCUGGGAAUGUGACAUCGUCAUCGUAGAGAGCGGUGGCACUUGAGGUGGGAUACUUUCUGUUGCAGUUGUGCAAGAGCACUAUAAACACAUCUCCUUUUCAUUGGGAUGAUGCCAAGGAUAACCCCAACAACAUAGCAUUAGUUCUGAGCGGAGAUGCAAAGCACUUGGACAGAAUAUAAGGCAAACUGAAGUGCGCAGGCCUUCAUCCUAGAACCCCCCCAAAAGUGAUCAUUCAGUGUUGCGGAACAGAUAAUGUGCAGGUUGGGGGAGGCAAGCAAAGGAGGAUAUACUUAGUACUGUUUUACAUUUCGACCAAGGAGAGGAGUCGAAACCUGAUCCUUUAAAUUGAUGCCAUGAGGUGUAUUUAAUAUAUGGUAUGAUUAACAUCACUUACCAGUCAAUUAGAACUCAGUAUAUUGACUUUUUGUAUGUGAAUUGAAAUUGAGAUGUUAUUUACAUAGCACUGUGUGUAUGUAGGGUUACCUACAAUCAUCCUUCAUUUAAUAAUGGGCGUGCAUAAAACAUACAGCAUGCAGGGCGUGAGGAAGUCCUUGCAGUCCUGCUUUAGGAGUAUUUCAUGCUUAUUAAAGGUGCUUCUUGGCAAGCCUGCGUAUAAAGCCAGUGGCUAACAAGAAUUAUGAAUGAGCAGCUAACGCAAAGUAUUAGAGACACCAAGAUAGGCAAAGGUUUGAGCUACACUGUCAUGUGUACCUGAGGAGCACCAGCUGUAGUUUAACUGUAGCCCCCAGCAUCCCUUCAACAAACAAGUCCAUAUGUUUUUACCCUGAAAUAUGUUUUGCUCUUUUAUUAGCCUUUAAUGGAAAAUGCAUCCUAUAGAUCUGUUAUGAAAGCUACAUUGCCCAAAUGAUUAGGGUUUGUGCAUUUUCCGUGCCACUGUGAAUCUGCCAAGAUUUAAUACUUGCGCAAGUCUGUAUUUUGUUUGCAAGUUCCGUUGGAAUUCCUGCUUACAAGGCAACCUAUUUCCACUCAUGCCUUUGGGUCGAUUGCUGCACGUUUAGUUCAACAGUGCAGGUGGAAAUGGACCCAACUGCCCAUUUAGAAGUUACUUGUAACUUCCAUCUAAAUCGGUAGUGCCACAGCCAGCUGUUAGAUUUUGUAUAUAUAAAAUACUGAUCUGCACAAGGCCUUAAACUCAAUUCUAUGAGGCAUGCUGGACCCUAUGUGCUCAGACCAAUAUAUAUAUAGAUAAUAUCAUGGUGCAAGGUUUUCUGCUUAAUUUAAGUGGAGGUGCAGUCCUGCUUAGGGCCAGACUGGCCUGCUAGAACACUAAAGUGGACCUCAGCCUAAGCAAUCCCCACCUAUCUUUCUUAUUUCAGGCAUAGGCAUGUAUAGCACCUAUAAUAUUUGGCGCUGUCUACAUUUAACUGAGGCGCAGGGCCCUAGACGUCAGCUUUUCCAAUGGGCCAUAGGAGAUUCUAAUCUUGCUAGUUGUGGUUCCAGACAGUCUGGCGGAGAUUGGAUCAGACUUGCAGCCAUGCCUGAAACCUAAAUCCAUAUCUGAGUUUAGGAAGCAGUCUCUGGAACUGGAAGAGUUUAUUUACUUUUAAACUGAUAAAAUAAUGCAGUUCUUUCAAAGUGUUGAAAAUGAAAUUUAUUUGUUGCAAAGUUACAAAGUGUUUAUCACUCACUGCCCAAUAGCUAGCACCUACUGUCAGUCAUUCCUUAACAUGCACUUGUCUUGUCUUGGCACUUAUUUAUUUACUGGCUUUGCUGUCCUGGAUUUUCAAUGGUUAGUUUCAGUUACCUAGAACAUCAGUUCUGGCACAGUAAGAAAGGGAUUGCUAGAGACUGGGCAUACACAGAUACAAUGAUAGAUACUGGGAAUACAUUGAUACAGCAUUAGAUAUUGGGGAUACAUGGAUACAGUGUUAGACAUUGGGGAUACAUUGAUACAACAUUAAAGAUUGGGGAUACAUUGAUACAACAUUAAAGACUGGGGAUACAUUGAUACAACAUUAGAGAUUGGGGAUACACUGAUACAACAUUAGAGAUUGGGAAUACACUGAUACAACAUUAGAGAUUGGGGAUACACUGAUACAACAUUAGAGAUUGGGGAUACACUGAUACAACAUUAAAGACUGGGGAUACACUGAUACAACAUUAAAGACUAGGGAUACAUUGAUACAAUAUUAGAGAUUGGGGAUACACUGAUACAACAUUAGAGAUUGGGAAUACACUGAUCCAACAUUAGAGAUUGGGGAUACACUGAUACAAUAUUAGAGAUUGGGGAUACACUGAUACAACAUUAGAGAUUGGGGAUACACUGAUACAACAUUAGAGAUUGGGAAUACACUGAUACAACAUUAAAGACUGAGGAUAUAUUGAUACAACAUUAGAUAUUGGGGAUACACUGAUACAUUAGAAACUGGGGAUACAUUGAUACAAUGUUAGACAUUGAGGAUAUAUUAAUACAUUGUUCUGUGUCAUGUACUUUGUAAGAAACAGAAUGUAAAUCAUUAAAGUGCCACUGUAUACAACUUGACCUUUAAAGGAAUAUUUUUCAAUUUGUGUAUGUAUAGUUUUCACUAUAUCUGAGAAAGCUCUGUAGUUACUAUUUAUACAGUACACAAAGGUUAGGAAAACUGUGGCAUUCCAGUGACUGCAGAGCUAGAAUUCCCUUUGUUCACUAAAUUGCAAAUAUGUUGGGGACUGUAGUUCUGCAACAGCUGAAAUGUCCACAAUACAUUCUCCCUCUGCGUGAUCAUAUUCUGCAGCCCAGCACAAAUAUCUAUAUGCCAUUCAUGGCACUACCACUUGGCAUGUAUUCAUAGUUACCAACUAAUUUCCUUUAUCCAUUGGCCAAUUGCAGAGAUCCAGCUCGGUUCUGUGCUCUGCAUCUGUCAUGAAAGUGUAUAAUGAAAUGACUGCAACAUGAAGCUGUAUGUGAAUGUAAUGGGUAGUAGUAUUACUUACAAGCAGAGAAAUUCUCUGAGGUUACAAAUCUGUGUUGUUCUAAACGCAAACCCAUCUGUGUUGACAUCUGGUAUCAAACGGGCCAUGUCCGAAACACAAGUGUCUUGUUUGAUGCCUUUUAUAGAACUUGUAUCAGUGCAAUUAAACAGUUGUAUGUGUUUUUUUUGUCAUUAGUAGUAUUUAAAUGUCUCUGACUUCUCUUUGUUGAAUUUGCACAGAGCAGUAUUUUAAACUUUUAAUAAAACCAAUUUUUUUGUA